AUGGUAGUAGAUACUCAAAAGCUAGCCCUCCUUUCGGUCGCUGACAAGACCAGUUUAUUGGAAUUGGCUAAAGGAUUACACGAUGUUGGUAUCAAACUAGUUGCAUCUGGUGGUACUUCAAAGGCCUUGAAAGAAGCUGGUCUUCCUGUCAGUGAUGUAUCAGAUAUUACUCAAGCUCCUGAAAUGUUGGGUGGUCGUGUCAAGACUUUACAUCCUGCUGUCCAUGGAGGUAUUCUCGCACGAGACAUUGCAUCUGAUGACGCUGACAUGAAGGCUCGUGGUUACGACAAGAUUGAUAUUGUCGUCUGCAAUCUCUACCCUUUCAAAGAAACUAUUGCCAAGGCUGGAGUUACAAUCCCAGAAGCCGUUGAAGAAAUUGAUAUUGGCGGUGUCACCUUACUACGAGCAGCUGCGAAAAACCACAUUCGAGUUACUGUAGUAUGUGAUCCAUCAGACUACACCAGUCUCUUGGCUGAACUCAAGGCAUCACAUACCAGUUCUGGUGUAGCAACUACCAAAGAAGAAACUAGGAAAAUGCUGGCACUGAAAGCCUUUACCCAUACUUUUGAAUACGAUCAAAUGAUUUCUACCUUCUUCCGUGAUCAAUAUGCUGGAAAUGGAAACAUGGCUCUCACUUUGAGAUACGGUGCCAAUCCUCAUCAAAAGCCUGCUCAAGUAUAUGUUACUCAUGGUGAAUUGCCAUUCAAAGGCAAGUAUGGUCUCAAGCUAUCCCCUGUCGUGGCUGGAUCUCCUGGAUACAUAAACUUGCUAGACGCUUUGAACGCAUGGCCACUAGUCAAAGAACUCAAAGAAGCCUUAGGUCUCCCAGCAGCAGCAUCAUUCAAACACGUGUCACCAGCAGGUGCAGCCGUCGGUGUCCCACUCUCUGAUCUCGAAAAGAAGGUCUACUUUGUAGAUGAUAUCGAAUUGACUCCAUUAGCAUCAGCAUACGCUAGAGCACGUGGAUCAGACAGAAUGUCUUCAUUCGGUGACUGGAUUGCCUUAUCCGACAUAUGUGAUGUAGCAACAGCCAAAAUCAUAUCUCGAGAAGUAUCUGAUGGUGUAAUCGCACCAGGCUACGAACCAGCAGCAUUAGAAAUAUUGAAGAAGAAAAAGGGUGGCAAAUACACUCUUUUGGAAAUGGAUCCAUCAUAUGUACCAGACGUAAUGGAAACUCGACAAGUAUACGGUCUAUCACUAUCACAACGCCGAAAUGAUCUAAAGAUUGACGCUUCCAUAUUCUCAAACAUUGUUACCGAACAACACACCCAUCUACCAGAAGACGCCAUCCGUGACAUGAUUGUAGCCACCAUCGCGUUGAAGUAUACUCAAUCCAACUCGGUAUGUUAUGCUAAGGGCGGUAUGGUUGUCGGAUUAGGUGCUGGUCAACAGUCUCGCAUCCAUUGUACCCGAUUGGCUGGUGACAAGGCUGAUAACUGGUGGAUGCGUCAUCAUCCUCGCGUAGUAGGAAUGGAAUUCAAGAAGAGCGUCAAGAGAGCAGACAAGGCUAACGCUAUUGAUCUGUUUGUGACGGAACAAAUCGAUGAUAUGGAAGCCUGGACUGCUUUGUAUGAAACUGUACCUGCUCCAUUGACGGCUGAAGAACGUGCUGAAUGGAAGAAAGGGUUGAGUGGUGUGGUGGUAUCCAGUGAUGCCUUUUUCCCGUUUACCGACAACGUGCUGCGAGCUGCUGCUAGUGGUGUCUCGUACAUUGCUGCUCCUAGCGGAUCAGUGCAAGAUGCUCUUGUUAUAGCGGAGGCUGACAAGCGAGGAAUGGUGAUGGCCCAUACACAAUGGCGUCUCUUCCACCAUUAG